ACAGGGUGUGGGGAAUACAUUGGCAGCUGCCCCACCAUGGCCUCCUGGGCUCUCCUGCUCCUUGCCUUGGCGCUCCUGGGCUCCCCAGAUUUGGCCUCUUCUAGUCUGAACCCUGAGUGCUCCGACCUGGCCAUCGCCAACCCCUGUGAUGGAGAGCACCUUUGCCAGGGCCUGGCCCAGGAGGGCCCCCAGGGUAAGCUGCCGACCACAAGAAAGGAGCAGGGCUCCAUUACUUGUUAUCUCUGCCAGAAGAUCAUGAAGAAACUGCAGAAAAUUGUGGGAGACCAGCCUAAUGAGGACACCAUUGCCCAGGCUGUGUCCCGGGUGUGUGACAACAUGAAGCUCCUGAGAGCCUGCUGCAAGAAGACCAUGACAAAAUUUUUUGGACGCAUCUCCAAGGACGUCAUCGCUGGCAAAACUCCCCGUGCGGUUUGUGUGGACAUCGCUAUAUGCAAACCUCAAGCAGGUCUCCUGUGAGCCUCUGGGGCCUCAGGCUGCACCCUGGGGAGAAAGCACAAGAACUCCAGCACUGGCUGCUGUUCCUUCCUUCCUAAAUCCACAGCCAUUCUUCAGGUUCUCUCACCUCCCUCCUCCAUUGCCUUUCUCCUCUCGGAAAAUAAACUGUUGUGCAAGGUUUUA